AUGAAAGGCAUCCUCGGCCUUUCCCUGCUCCCGCUGCUGGCUGCAGCCUCGCCCGUUGUUGUCGAGUCCAUUCACAACGGAGCCGCUCCCAUUCUUUCAUCCACGAACGCCAAAGAAAUCCCCGACUCCUACAUCGUUGUUUUCAAGAAGCACGUAGACACCGAUGCAGCCUCUGCUCACCACAGCUGGGUGCAGGACAUCCAUAGUCAGCAGAGCGGUGCUAGGCCUGACCUGAAGAAGCGGUCCUUCCUCGGACUCGAAUUCGGGUUUGGCGAGGAAAUAUAUGAUGGUCUCAAAGAUACUUUCAACAUUGCUGGAUCCCUGAUGGGAUACUCGGGACACUUCCACGAGGAAACGAUCGAGGAGAUCCGCAACCACCCUGACGUCGAAUACAUUGAGCGUAACUCCGAAGUUCAUACAUUGGAAGACACGGACACCGAGAAGAACGCCCCCUGGGGUUUGGCCCGUAUCUCCCACCGGGAUAGACUCACUUUCGGUACAUUCAACAAGUACCUAUACGCCUCUGAGGGAGGUGAGGGAGUUGACGUUUACACUAUUGAUACUGGUAUCAACGUGGCGCACGAUGAUUUCGAGGGCCGUGCUCACUGGGGCAAGACCAUCCCCAACAACGACGCUGACGAGGAUGGAAACGGACACGGUACUCACUGCUCGGGCACAAUUGCCGGAAAGAAGUACGGUGUCUCUAAGAAGGCCAACAUCUAUGCCGUCAAGGUCUUGAGAUCCAGCGGCUCCGGUACCAUGGCCGACGUUGUCCAGGGGGUCGAAUGGGCCGUUGAAUCUCACCUCAAGAAGGCUAAGAAGGGCGGUAACGGCUUCAAGGGCAGUGUUGCCAACAUGAGUCUUGGUGGCGGCAAGUCGAAGACCCUCGAAGACGCUGUCAACGCCGGUGUUGAAGCUGGUGUCCACUUUGCUGUCGCGGCCGGUAACGACAACGCUGACGCGUGCAGCUACUCUCCUGCUGCUGCCGAGAAGGCUGUCACUGUCGGAGCCUCGACUCUUGCUGACGAGCGCGCUUACUUCUCUAACUAUGGCAAGUGCACUGACAUCUUCGCCCCUGGUCUCAACAUCCUUUCGACUUGGAUCGGUAGCAACACCGCGGUCAACACCAUUUCCGGAACCUCAAUGGCCUCUCCUCACAUUGCUGGUCUUUUGGCGUACUUCGUUUCCCUCCAACCGUCUAAGGACUCGGCCUUCGCCGUUGACUUCACUCCCGAGAAGCUCAAGAAGGACAUCAUCUCCAUUGCCACCGAAGGCGUCCUCACCGACAUUCCUUCGGACACCCCCAACCUCCUCGCCUGGAACGGUGGUGGUUCCACUAACUACAGUGACAUCAUCGCCAAGGGUGGUUACAAGAAGAGCGACGCUCUGGUCGACUCUUUCCCCUUCAAGGCUGGUGGUAUUCUCGCCCAGGCUAUGUAA